AUGGUAAAUGAAUUAUUACAACCGAUGGCCAGUCAUAGCAAAACAAAGCAAACAAGUGAUGGUAACUAUAAAACCCAAUUCAUUGAGAUGUCAGCCAUAGGUUCGGGUAGUUUUGGGACAGUAUUUAAAGUAAAGCAUAGAUUGGAUGAUAAGAUAUAUGCCGUUAAAAGAGUACAAUUUGGG